ACCCGGAAGUUGCCACGGGAGCGAGGCCCCGGUUGCCGAGCGCGGGCGCGAGGGGCCGGGCUUCGCGGAGACGGGGGAGAGGUCGCCGCGCCUCCCGCCUCUCAAGUUGUCGGCGCCCUCGGGUGCCGCUUGGCGCGCGUCGAGCUCGCAGGGCGGGCGGCCGCCGUCCCCGGGUGGCGCGCUCGGCUGUGGCCAGAGGCGACAUGAGCGCUGCGGGGCUGUUGGCUCCGGCCCCGGCCCCGGCCCCGACUGGAACGCCGCCGGCGCCGGAGUACUACCCCGAGGAGGACGAGGAGCUGGAGAGCGCGGAGGACGACGAGCGCAGCUGCCGGGGCCGCGAGUCGGACGAAGACACUGAGGAUGCUAGCGAAACUGACCUGGCAAAGCAUGAUGAAGAAGACUAUGUAGAAAUGAAGGAACAGAUGUAUCAGGAUAAACUAGCUUCUCUCAAGAGACAGUUACAGCAAUUGCAGGAAGGUACGUUACAGGAGUAUCAGAAGAGGAUGAAAAAACUAGAUCAGCAGUACAAAGAGAGGAUACGAAAUGCAGAACUCUUCCUGCAGCUGGAAACUGAACAAGUGGAAAGAAAUUACAUUAAAGAAAAGAAGGCAGCAGUAAAAGAGUUUGAAGAUAAGAAGGUUGAGCUGAAAGAGAACCUGAUUGCUGAGCUAGAAGAAAAGAAGAAGAUGAUUGAAAAUGAAAAGCUAACCAUGGAACUGACUGGAGAUUCUAUGGAAGUGAAACCCAUCAUGACCAGAAAGUUGCGGAGGCGACCAAAUGACCCUGUCCCCAUUCCAGACAAGAGGAGAAAACCUGCUCCUGCCCAGCUAAACUACUUGUUAACGGAUGAACAGAUCAUGGAGGAUCUGAGAACGUUAAAUAAGCUUAAGUCACCCAAGAGACCAGUAUCCCCCUCUUCUCCUGAACACUUGCCUGCUACACCAGCUGAGUCUCAAGCCCAGAGAUUUGAAGCCCGGAUAGAAGAUGGCAAAUUGUACUAUGAUAAAAGAUGGUACCACAAGAGCCAAGCAAUCUAUCUGGAGUCGAAGGACAACCAGAAACUGAGCUGUGUGAUCAGCUCUGUCGGAGCCAAUGAGAUCUGGGUGAGAAAGACCAGUGACAGCACCAAGAUGAGGAUUUACUUGGGCCAGCUUCAUCGUGGGCUCUUCGUGAUCCGCCGGAGGUCAGCGGCUUGACUUUCUACAGUGCGCUUCUUCCCUUGACCCUUUUUCUGAAGUGGUUUUUGGUUUUCUUUUUAAUAGAAAGUUUUUAACUUGGGAAUUGCUCCUUGGCCUUGGACUAUGAAAAACACUGUUGUGGAUUCUGCAAGGCACUUUCGUGGCCAGUGGCUCCCAUCUCUGUUUCAUUCUUUGCUUCCUCGACUUCUUCCCCUCAUCAGUCACAUAAGACGAUUUUAUUUUCAGGCAUAUUGGAAAUUUAACUCUGGGCUUUGUUGUCAUCCCCCCUCUUCUCUCCCCCCGCCUCCCCCCAAGCUUCCUUUGAGUUUGAAGGGACUUUUUUUAAAUUUUAUUAUCUUUAUGUGUUUCUACCAUGAAGAGGAGCAGGAAGGGAUACACUCAACAAUGGAUUUUCAUGUUUUGAAUCUGAUUAGUGGAUCAUGUAUCUAUUUCCCUUGUCGAGCCUAAUUCAGUGUUUCCCCAGAAGCUUGGGGCAGAGGUCCUUGCAGAAGGAGAUUAAUUCUGCUGGCUCUCAGCCUUCUCCGAGAAAUAAAUGCCUUGUGGAACAUCUGUCGUGUGCCAUCCACUCCACUGGCUGAACGACAGAAAAAUUUGCCUGAGGGACUGUGUGCACUGAAGUAAUUGGGGCUGGGGGGAAGGACAUUUCAUAUUCAUAAUGUGCUGAAGAUAUCAUAUUUUAAAUGUUAUUUAAUACACAAGUAGUUUAUUCGUUCCAGCUUGAGCUGGAAACAAGAAGUGGUCAUUUCAGACAAUUUCAUUUGCAAUUAAUUUUCCCUCACCCAGUAGGUGAAGAGACCUACCACAGGCUGAUUAUCUGGGUUAUCUAAGUUUGGGAGGGAGAUUGAUGAAUGAGAGUCUGCAGCUACCAAAAGACUCUCACUCAUAAUUCAAAUUGCACUCUUGUCACCGAUCCCAUUAUUGCACAUUGGCCAUUCCAAACCCGUGGAACCUUGUUGUCAGCACUCGCAGCCUCCUGGAGGUCUGGCCCAGGUCGAGGACAGAAGGCUGUGCUCGCUGCCACUAAACCCACUCUUCCUAAUGAGUUCUGAUUCAUUGGAAGAAUCACUCCUUGCUCCCUUUUCCUCAUUCCUACAACGAGAGAAUGACUUGUUGGGUUCUGGGGUUUGUUGUAUUCUAGUUGCCACCUGAUAAUGUUUACCAAGUUUUAGGGGUCAAAGCACGUGCUAGCAUCUCUGUGGGCAAUGAGUAGACUUGAUAUGUCCUAGGAAACCUUUGUACAUAGCUCCCUUGGUCUCAAGUGAUUCCCUUCGUGUUGUCUCUCUAUGUUCACACCCCAACACAAGUCGCAAGUCAUGGGGCUGUGAUCACAGGUACAUCACCUCCGAAGUCCUGCCUUCGACAGAGACCAAACGUUACUGACUCAGAGUAAAGACUUGUACAGAUAUAUUUUUGUUUUAAUUUAUAAUCUAUUUUUUUUUCCAUUUUUUUAUUCUGGCGAUGGAGUUUCAUUUAAAAACAGGAUAAAGAGUGCUGUUCAUCAAAAGUUGCCUGGGCCUUUUGUGUUUGUUCUCUGCCCCAGGCCCUCCCAUUAUUAGGAUGUUGACUUCAGUGAACCACAUCCCCAGUAAAGUGGGGUUUCACAUUUUGUUUCUUCUUGGCAGCCGUGGCCGUUUGAGGUUUCUCUCUUGCCUGAAUUGUCACUGUGGUGUGUGUAACAUUCCGUAAUGGCAGGUACUGGUUGUCAUCUAGUGCCCUGAGAUGGAAAUUAUUUAGAUAUAUUUAGUAUGUGUUGCCAUCAAAGAGGUUUUUUUGUUUGUUUUAAUGAUUGUAUUAACUUGUCUUCCUAACAGCACACCAGAAUUUGAUUUUGGGGGGAAAGGAUUGUAUUGGUAACUGUUGGGGAUUCAACAUUGAGCAGCAAGUUGCCCUUUUCCCUGCCUUGCCUGGUGUUUUUGUGAAGUAACUAUUUGAUGACCAGGAUCUGGACACUUUUGCCUUUUCUCUUCUGUAAAUUUGAGGGUGUUGGGGCCUUGGGGAGGCAUGGUCUUGGCCCCAUGACUGCCUUUUGCCCCUCGUAUUCUCAUAACUCUUGAAAUCAGGAUCCUAGUGAAAAUGAAGGAAAAUGUGAUUUAGUACAGUAAAGUAUGUUCCCGAUCCCAGAAGGUUUAUUAGUUUUUACUUAGUUACUCCAGAGAUGAAAAAAUCAACAUUUCAACCUCUCCAAUGCCUCUGCAGUGACCAGGAGUGCAAGAACCCACUCAUUAGGAGAUGGAGGAGCUUUUGUGAUGGGGAAAUGAAUGAGAGGGGAGCACAGAUUUUGUGACUCCUAUAAUAAGAGGGGGCUGGCGUUUAGCCUAGCUGGCCAUUCUUUAAAAGUUUUGUCUCUCACUAGACCCAGGGCACAGAUGAGUUCCCAAAUUCAACUAUUUUUUGCAAAUGAUAUUUGAUAAAGGUUGGUGCAGACACUUUUGAUCAAGAACCUGUAUUUAUGUGUUUUUGAUGAAGAACUUGGAUAUGUGUAAUUCUGAUCAACAACCUGUUCAUACAUGUGUUCAGCUCCAGGCAUCUGUCUCAAGUACACAGUGUUUGCUA